AUGGAGUCGCAACCCACUUAUGAAGGUUACAGUUCAGAACAGUUGCAAGCCUUUCAACAGGCAUUACUGGCGGCUAGUUACAGGGAUGCGGAAGAUAAACUGCGACUCCAGCAGCGUUCGCAGCGCAUGCAGAUGGAGAAGCCGUUGCCAGCGCUGCCGGCAUCGUUGCGUCGACGGAGUAGCAGCAGCGGUGGCGCAAAGAGCCUACAAUCAGGAGAACGCCAGUUAUUGACUGGAAAAAUGCUGCCACGAUUGGAAUCUCUACUGGGCGAGCCAGCUGCCGAGCAAGUGUUGCACGAUUCAGUGUUAAAUUCGCUCAAAUUUCAAAAAGAUCUGGACGCUUUAAGGGAUGUGUUUGAACUGGCAGCCACACAUCUGUAUGCCGAAAAUGAAGAGGAGCAGGAGGCAGCAAUGGAGAUACUGGAGCAGGCUAUUAAAGAACUGAGUUGCAACAAUAGCGAGGAGGCACAAGCCGCUUUGCAGUUGCAACAGGCACGCGAUGAAUUGAAGUCCUUGCGGGCACAAGUGGAGCAAGUCAAAUGUGAUGGAGUCGUUGAGUUAAACGCAAAGGACGAGCGAAUUGCUGAGUCUAAAUACAAGUUGCGUUGUGUGUCCAAGGUAAAUGAUUUGGAGUAUAAUCUUGUGGAGCGAUGGGAGGCGGGGCGCAUAACACAGGCCGACAUUUGGGGCGAGAAUGCUGAGCGCGCCUAUUUGCGUGACAUUCUUGAUUACAAACAACGCCUGGAGCGUGAGCAGCGCGUGAGUGGUGAGCUGCAAGCCUUUCGAAGUCGAGAACUGGCGGAGUUGCAGCAACGCAUUGGGGAGUGGCAGCAAAAAUAUGCAAGCGAAAUGAGACGCGUGGAUCGAGAGGCUGAGGCCUGGGAAUUUCGCAUUAUCGAGGUGCAAAAAUCGCUGGAACGACAUCGUGAGGUGUACGAACAGCGUGUGGCAUUCGUGCAAGACUAUCGUGCCAAGAAGGAUGAGGAGCAGCGUCAGCAUGAUCUGCAGCUGCAUCGCAUAGAGUGUGCAGUGCGGUUGCAGGCCUGGUGGCGUGGCACGAUGGUUCGCCGGGGACUGGGGCCGUUUAAGAAGAAGCCAAAGAAGGGAAGGCGAGGAGGGAAGAGCAAAAAAUAG